UUCAGAACUCUAUUCAAACCCGUUUUGGUCUACAACCAAUGGCACAGGUUGCUUUAUUAAAACGCACUUGGAGACGGGUGUUUUAAAACUUUCCAUGCGAUUUAACAGGUAGCUCGCGGCCGUGUGAGUUGCAGGGCGGUUUCUUUCAGCAACCAAAUUUGACCCCACAUUGAGUCAUCCCCUCAUGGAUUGCCCCUCAAAAUCUUGAAGAAGCAAGCUGUAAAACAAAUAUUGUCCGCCAUCGGCCAACAACCCAAUUCCUGUUCCAGCUUUCCGAUCCUUAAAGCUGCUUCCUGACAAGAUUUUGAAUUUUGAAUUUACCAAUUGGGUCGUAAUUGCUCCGACAAAAAGUGAAGAAGAAAAAGCCACCAUCAUGUCUUCGUUCUAUCUUGAGAACAAGAAUGUCGGAAACAAGGCAGAGAGCGAAGACUGGAGGAUCCGCGGCUACAACCCCCUAACGCCGCCCGGGCUGCUCCAGCACGAGAUCGCCCAGACGCCCGAGUCGAAGAAGACCGUUCUCGAAAGUCGCGAGGAGGCCGCUGCGGUUGUCAAUGGGACCGACGGGAAGCAGAGGCUAUUGGUGGUCAUUGGGCCUUGUUCUAUCCACGACCCCAAAGCUGCGCUCGAGUAUUGCGACAUGCUGUUGAAGGAGAAGGCGAAGCACAAGGACGAGCUACUAAUUGUCAUGCGUUCCUACCUCGAGAAGCCGCGCACGACGGUGGGGUGGAAAGGCUUGAUCAACGACCCGGAUAUUGACAACAGCUUCAACAUCAACAAGGGAUUGCGCCUCAGCAGACAGCUGUUCGUCGACCUCACCUCUCGGGGUAUGCCCAUCGCCAGCGAGAUGCUGGACACAAUCAGCCCCCAGUUCUUGGCCGAUCUGCUCAGCGUCGGUGCCGUCGGCGCCAGGACAACCGAGAGCCAGCUUCACCGCGAGCUAGCCAGCGGGCUGAGUUUCCCCGUCGGCUUCAAGAACGGCACCGACGGGAGCCUCACCGUCGCCGUUGACGCCAUCGGGGCGGUCAGGCACCCCCAUCACUUCUUGUCCGUUACCAAACCUGGUGUAGCCGCCAUCGUUGGCACCGUUGGCAAUGAGGACUGUUUCGUGAUUCUGCGUGGUGGUACCCGGGGCACCAACUACGACGCCGAAAGCAUCGCGGAGGCUAAGGCUGCCCUGCAAAAGGCCGGAGUGCGGCAGCGGCUUAUGGUGGACUGCAGCCACGGCAACUCGCUGAAGAACCACAAGAACCAGCCCAAGGUUGCAGCCACGUUGGCUGAACAGAUUGAGAAGGGCGAGGACGCUAUUAUGGGUGUCAUGAUCGAGAGCCACAUCAACGAGGGUAACCAAAAGGUCCCCAAGGAGGGCAAGGAAGGCCUCAAAUACGGCGUCAGUAUCACCGAUGCCUGCAUCGGGUGGGAGGACACCAUCCAGACCCUGGAUCUUCUGGCCAAUGCUGUGAAGAGGCGAAGAGAGUUGCUAGGCCAAAACGGCAGCACUUAAACUGCAUCUUGCGCCGUGGGAUAGUUGGGGAACUGUAUAAACGUGUUAUUUUCUAAGAAGGGCGUUUGCGGACAGCUGGGGUUGACAAAACGUGGUUUCUUGUUCCCAUUCGGAGUGAUACCGACAUUUUGCAACCAGGUGGCAGUUGAAUAUUUAUGAUUCAGUCGAACUCGGAAACAAGAAACUCUCUGUGAUCAAGGAAAUGGAGUGAAAUCUCUGCGGCCAACAUUUCGAACCGGAAAGUGCAAAUACCUAAUCUUUUGGCAGGAGCAGUUGAAGCUGGAGCUCGGGGGUAUGGACAGAGCUGGG